GAGGCUCCUGGGAGGGGGGGGGGGAGGUGGACAGCAGGAGGCCCCACCCCCACCCUUUCCCCUCGGAGCCCAGGACCUGGCGGCCUGGCAGCCAGUCGUGGCCCAGCCAUGGACAGAAGCAGCAGCUACUCCCGGACAGGGCUGCACAUCAGCAGCUCUGAGAAUCGGGGCUGCUGGUACUAUCUGAAGUACUUCUUCUUGUUCGUGUCUCUCAUCCAGUUCCUCAUCAUCCUGGGGCUGGUGCUGUUCAUGGUCUACGGCAAUGCCCACGCUGGCACCGAGGCCCACCUGGAGGUGACUGAGAAGCGGGCGGACACCCUGUCGGGGCGGCUGCUCAACCUGGGCGCCCUCAACACCAACCUCUCCAAGGAGCUGAACAUCACCACCCGCUCGCGGGAAGCCAUCAUGCAGCUGCUGGUGGGCAGCCGGCGCGACCUGGACCGCAUCAAUGCCAGCUACCGCCAGUGCCAAGUGGACGUGAAUCAGCAUGAGAACAACAUGAAAUUUGUGGUUGCCAUCGUGAAGAGUGAAGAAGCUUGCCGACAACAGCUGGCAGAACAUCUGAGGAAUUGCACAGCCCAGAUCCAGGCCCUUGAGGAGAAGGCCAAGACAGCCCAGGCAGUGCAGGAGACCCUGAAGAUGGCCUGCAACAAGGACAAAGAGUCCCUGAUGGCGGCCAAGGGCCUGGUCGAGUCCCAGUUCAAAGCCUGCAGCGCGGAGAAGAUGAGCAACUUCGGCGAGUACCAGCUGGUGGUGGGCGAGCUGCAGCGCGUCCGAGACAUGUGCGCCGCUGUGGACAAGGAGAAGCUGGUCUCCAAGAUGGAGCAAGUGUGGAGGGAGUCCCUGCUGUACAAGUCCUUGGACAGCAUCGCUCUACUGUACUACAACCCGGAGGUGGAGAAGGUGGUGCAUCGCUGCCGGGAGCUGCCCAGAGUCAUGCUCGACAAGGUCGAGAGUCUGGCCAGGGAACUGAAGGUGGGAAUCGAGCAGGUCGCCCGAGAAAACACCGAGCUGAAGCGACAGAAGGAGGCCGGGGAGAAGAGCCUGGCAGCCUGCAAGGAGGAAAAGGACAAGGUCCUCAAAGAGACCCAGGAGAGGCUGCAGAAGGUCCAUGAAGACUGUGUCAAACAGGCUCGGCUGGCCCUGGAGGAGAAGGUCGCCCUGCAGAAGGAGAAGGACGCCCUGAAGAAGGAGCUAGAGGAGAAGAAGAAGGAGCUGGCCCUGACCAAGGGGCAGCUGGACAUCAACACGGCCACCCUGGAAACUUGCAUCAGGACCAAGGCCCAGGGCUCAACGCUCCUUCCACGACCGCCUGUUCCUGCUAAACCGGCCCCCCUCGACCUUGAGGCCCUAGAAGAAUUCAAGAGGAGGCUCAUGAACACUUAUCAGAAAGCUAGCCAGCCUUCUGGAAACCCCGCCAGCGGUUGAGGGCCCUGGAGGCGCCGCAGCGAUGGCCAGGCCGGCGAGAUCUGGAGAUCCAUUCCCGAGAGGAAGCCGUGCUCGAUGCCCGCCAGAUGCCCGCGUCUGUGCGCCGUACCCCUGACCCUCAACACACACACAUAUAUACUCUAGCACACGCACUCCCCUAGACCCCGCUCGUCUUGGCCACGGCCCCUCCCACAGCCCCGUUCCCGAUGUACUCACGCAUCUCACACACCAAUGUGUACACCCUCAUGGAAACAUACGCCUUGUAUACGGGCUCCCAGGGACCCCAGGAGCCACUCUGGGCUCAGCACCAGGGGCUCGGGUGGGAGGGGAGCCCCUGAACCUGGAAUGUUGGGAAGGGAAUUCUGGUGUGUCCAGGGAUGCUAGCCCAAGGGGGGGGGGCGGGAAGAGAGGGAACCAGGCAGCCCCUCCCCCUUCCUCCCUGUCCCCCAGGGCGUGCUCUGGGUCUCACCAGCAGUGCUCUGUCAGCACAUUUAUCACUUGACUGAUGUAUCCAGCGGUCUCCUCUUAUCUUUAUUAUCCGUUAUCUCCAUUAGCUGACACUUCAUAGCUUUGCUAGGCCCCAAGCUGAGGAAAGCUGAGCAGGAAAAGCUGCGGCUCCCAGGGGACGGCCUACCCUUCCCCCAGCCCCUGGAGUUUUCCCCAAACCCUUGAGGGCAGAGGGAAAAAGGGGGGACGGGAUGGUGUUUUUAGAAAUCAAUGACAAGAAAUUGGGCGGGCAAGGACCAGCCCUGAUCUCGUCUGCCUGGUUCCCUUAGUCCGGCCCAAAAGCCUGAGUGGAUGCAAGGGAAGGAGCAUGCUGAUUGGCCCCCAAAGACCUGCGUUCAGAUUCUGACGUUCUUCCAGUGCCGUCAUAGACCUCUCUGGUUCUUGUCUGAAAAAUGAAGGGCUUAGAAAAGGUGACUGAAGGUCUCAUCUUGUGACUGUGACACUGUCCAUACUCCCUCUUUCACAUUAGAUUCUGCCCAGUCCUACCCUGGGGGCCAGAGUCGCUACCCCCACCCAAGCUUACCCCAGUGCUGAUCAAGACUCCCCAGGGGCUCCUGUUUGAGGUCCUGACUCUCCCAGCGCCCUGAAUAUAGGAUCCAUACUGACUACACCUCCCCAUCCCCAGGGGGAAAUAUUCUUGGACUGUCAUGAAUGGUCCAGUCUGAGCCAGACUGUCUGGGAAUGGUCAGGUCUGAGCCCGGGAGUUGGGAAACCUCUCUUUUUCUCCUGCUGUGAUGCUCUGAUUUUAAGUGGAAAUCCCUAAUAAAGGAUAAUCAACCCCCAAAACCCA